AUGAAGCAGUCCAGCCGGCGAGUCAGUACCUCGACGAACGAAGGGCAAAAAGUCGCGCCUUCUGUUCGGCAGCGAAAGCGGACCAAGCUGCAGAAGCAAGUCUGGAUGUUUCUGGAGGAUCCAGACCUUAUGCCUGGGGCACGGAUCUACGAAAAUGUGCUGUCCUGCGUGAUCCUGGCAAGUGUAUGGUUGCCUGUCAUUCCCAGACACUUCCUUGGCUUUCACGAGACGGCAUCGUUUGGUCUUGACCUGGCGCUGUUCAGCGUGGACUGCUUGUUCUGCCUCGAGGUGAUGCUGCGAUUCUAUGGGUGUCCAAAUCGCCUCCGAUUCUUCACCAGCUUCUACAACGCCUUGGACAUUCUCUCCUUCAUUUUGCCCAUGGCGAUGAAGCUACGUGUUCAAUCGUUUUCACUAGCGGCGGAGGACAACUUGGACGUCUCCGGGAUUGAGCUGUUACUCAUCGUACUGGUACCUGUGGUGCGUCUUCUCAAGCUUCUCAGACGGUUUGAGAACAGCCACCUCAUCCAGCAGGCAUUCGCGGAAGCGUUGGGAGCGCUGCCUUCCCUGCUCUACUGUAUGAUGUUGCUGGUGUUCUUCUUCUCGUCCGUGAUCUACGUCCUGGAGUCCGAAAGCACAGGUGGCAGCAUCGAAAGUAUGCCUCGCGCAAUUUGGUUUACGAUGGUGACCCUGAGCACCGUGGGAUACGGAGACAUUGUUCCUGCAACAUCUGCCGGCAACAUCGUGGUCUGCGUGCUCAUCGUAGUGUCGGCCAUUUACAUGGCAAUGCCCAUCGGAAUCGUGGGCAAGGCCUUUGGUUCUGUUUGGGAUGACCGCCAUCGGCUUUUGCUUAUGCAGCGGCUGAGGACUCGCUUCGCAACUGUUGGAUAUGAUCCACAGGAUAUCCCGGGCUUGUUCUGUAACUAUGAUGAGAACGGCGAUGGUGAGCUGUCCAUGGACGAAUUCCGUCGAAUGCUUCAACAGUUGGAGGUUGAGGCGAAGGAUGAGCGUGCUCACGAUGUGUUCCAGGCCUUCGAUAACGACGGAAGUGGGGUUUCCUAG